AUGGUGAAAGGCCUCUCAACGCACCUUAUUGCAGGGCAGCCAGAUGCGGAUGAAGACCAAGGAUGGGUAUGGAGAAUUUGGUGCGUUGAGAGGGUCAAGCUCUUCCUUUGGAAAAUAAUGAAGAAUGGUUUGCUAGUCAAUGGUGAAAGGCGGAGGCGCAGCUUGACGGAAGACAGUAGCUGCCCUUGGUGCGGUGACGGCGAGGAGUCCCUUGAUCAUCUCUUCAGGCGUUGUGAGUUCGCUAUGAGCUAUUGGAAUCUUUGCACGGGGCUUAAGGCUCGAAACAACUGGCUCUUUAACAACACUCAAGUACCAGCUAGUGAGGUGGUUAGGAGGUCCAUGAGGAAAGGGCUUGACAGUUUCUCAUUAAGUGGUACGACGCUCAACACUGAUGGUGCUAGAAAGGCCAAGUCAGGCAUGGCUAGUGCAGAUGGAACCAUUCGAGAUCACAAUGGUGUUUGGAUUGUGGGGUUCACCACCAAAAUUGGGAUCACGAGUAGCUUCUUUGCAGAGUUGUGGGAUCUGAAAGAAGGUCUUAGCCUCGUCAAAGACAGGGGGAUGAAUAAGAUCAUUGUAUAG